CAGUCUGCUAUCCGGCAGGCCUGUCCUUGCGGGUGUUUGGGCUCCUGCUCGCUGCGGGAGGCCCCCCCCCCCACCAGACCGCGUGAACAUGGGAGGCCUCUGGCCAUGGGUGCUUGGUCUGCUCUGUUUGCCGGGUUUGCUCCUAGGAGCACCCUCCGCCUCCAGCUCCCCAGAAGCCUGUGGAACCAGCUUCUCAGAGGGCCUCAACCCCGAGGAGACCCAGACGUCCUGGGACAAGGACAUCCCUGAAAUUAACCAAGGGCUCAUUCCAGAGGAGACCCCAGAGAGCAGCUUCCUCCUCGAGGGGGAUAUCCUUCGGCCAAGUCCCUUCCGGCUGUUCUCAGCGGGCAGCAACAAGUGGCCUAAGAACGGGGGGUUUGUGGAGGUCCCCUUCCUGCUCUCCAGCAAGUACGACAAACCCAGCCGCGAGGUCCUCCUGAAGGCAUUUGCCGAGUUUGAACGCGUCACCUGCAUCAGGUUUGUCGCCUACCAGGGCCAGAGAGACUUCAUUUCCAUCAUCCCCAUGUCUGGGUGUUUCUCCAGUGUGGGACGCAGUGGAGGGAUGCAGGUGGUGUCCCUGGCACCUACCUGUCUCCAGAAAGGCCCAGGCAUUGUCCUGCAUGAGCUCAUGCAUGUGCUGGGCUUCUGGCAUGAGCACUCACGGGCUGAUCGGGACCGCUAUAUUCGAAUCAACUGGAACGAGAUCCUCCCAGGCUUUGAAAUCAACUUCAUCAAAUCUCGGAGCAGCAACAUGCUGGUGCCCUAUGACUACUCAUCAGUGAUGCACUAUGGGAGGCUUGCCUUCAGCCGCCGUGGGCUGCCCACCAUCACACCACUCUGGGCUCCUGGUGUCCACAUUGGCCAGCGAUGGAACCUGAGCACCUCGGACAUCACACGGGUCCUCAGGCUUUACGACUGCAGCCCGAGUGGCCAAGGCCCCCGUGGAGGAGGGUUCCAGCCCCACAGCGAUGGUGGGAGCCCUACCCCUGCCUCUAGACCAUACCUGCAGCGGCUUCUGAAGGCGUUGUUGGCAGAAUCUGGGAGCCCCGAUGCCAGUGGCCCCAAGGCUGGAGGCCGGCGUGUUGCUGCAGGGCUGGGAGAGAGCUCACGUAGCUGGGAGCUCCCUGCACCAAGGAAGUUCGCUCUGGAGGCCUCUGCAGGGCUGCUUCAGACCCCAGCUUCCUCCGUGAACUCCAGGCCCGGAGCAGGUGUUCCUGGUAUUGCUCUAGAUACGUCCUGGCCAGCCCGAGUGCCCUCUUACCCCCCAACCACGUCUCCAGAAGCAGAAGACCAGCUAGUGCCUAUUCGGGAUGCUCUGGGGACCCCAGCUCUGCCAGGAGCACAUGUACCUGAAAGUCCUUUCAGGGGGCUGCCCAGAGGUCGAGCCCGUGGCUUCUGUCCCCAAGUGGGAAGGGCAUCCUCUGUCUAGAAGAGCUGGGUUGUGUAACUUCUGGCCUUUCCUGGCAGUACCUGGUCUUCCAGCCCCAACUUGAGGCCUGGACUCUCCCUCUGCCCCUUCCUUCCCCAUAUGUUCUCCCGAAGGCUCCUGGGAACAAAGGGGACUUCUAGGUCUAUUUAGGGAAAGCGGGUCUGUCAAGAGAUGCCUGGCUGUGCCUGUUCUCAGCUUCUGCCCUAGCCCUAGAGGCUGCUGGGAAGGGAAGAGGAUACUCUCCAGGGCCCCAGAACCACAGGGGUCCACAGAGGCAGCUUCCAGCCCCGAAGGCCCCUGGGAGUCCUCCUGUGGUGAGUCCCAGCCCCCCAGGAUGCUCAGGUACUGUCUCUCUAUCAGGCCAGGACUUAGGGGGAGCCUGUGGCUGGGACCCUGGGAAUGGCCUCACACCCCUGUGUUUGGGUGCUAGGAAGAUUACGUUCCAGCUGUAGCCUCCAGCUCUGCUCCCCAGGGGGGCUUUCAGCUUGCUCCCCUGCAGUGCAGGGCGGCUCCAGAGACAGGAAUGCUACCCCAUGGGGCGAUGAGGAAGGCACCAAGCCCUCCAGCAUGACACAAUGGGGAAACUCAACAAGAGUGGGAGGCCUUGAAUAUGGGACUCAAAGCUCCUCUCCACCCUGUUCCCAGGA